AGUAACAGGUGCUUUCCAGGUUCCUCUCGCCAGACCAGGGGCUGAAACAUUUUCAUUCCUCUUGCAAGCGAACACGAAUCUGCUAAAGCAAUUUUUAUUACAUGUAGUCUUUGCAAAUAACAUAGCAAUGUGCUGCGGGAAGCUGUGGUUGGCUUUUAAGAGGUUUGUUGUUCGAAUUUUGGCGAACAGAGGCGGGCUGCAGAAAAGUCAUUUACUUUAUUGCCGAAAAUGCAGAGGUGAGGAUUGUGUUUUUCAUUUUACCUUCCGUGCUCAACGAUACUAAUGCAUAGUCUCAUUGAGUAUUCUUAUUUUAGCCAAUACUUAGUACUGACUCAGUAAUUUUUUGCGUACGUUGUUAGCCUUAAGCGUCCUUCUAUCCAAAGGUACCUGCUACGUUGAUUGUGAUACCUGUUAGUUUUUCGUAUAAAUUGUUACCAACGCCUGAGUAAACUAGAGAAAAAUUUAGAACCCAUUUUAUCUACAUGCUCUCGUCAACAUUCCAGCAGAACGCCUUUCAGUUCUUACCUUUUUUUUCGUACAAAAAAACUUGAACUGAAAAGUAAGCGGUUAUUUGAUGCGCUUGUCGCAUUUUUCUUAAGUUUUAUCAUAUUCGCAUAUAGUACUCGUCAAAAAUACGUUAUCCCAGUCAUAAACACAUUACAACGCUAGUUUCUUACAGAGGCUUUGAAAAGCAGAGCUCAUUUUGUGAAACAGACCAGAGCUCUCAACUCGACGAGAGAAGUUUUAAUCCAUGACAUAGAAUAUUAGCCCAGUUGAAAUUAUUAACUGGCAUACUACGCCCUUACGUCCAUACGUUUUUACAAGAAUGUUUAAAUUAUAUUCUUUCUGCGCACGCUGUUAAUUCAUAAGCAAAGUUGGUAGCAGAAUCGGAUGGGUUGAAAGACGAAAUUUUCUCGCGGGUAAUUUGUUCGCCAUGAAAAACUGCGAUGGCGUCGUUUUAAUCGGCACAGAAAUAAAUAAAUAAUACUAUGAAAUAAACAGUACGUUAUCAAAUGAUGACAGCGAAGUACUUCGAUUAAACUACUUUUCAAGUGCUUUUUCUUCCAAAAUGAGUCUUCUUUCAAAGUACAUUUUACUUAUCUGAUCAAGCUUUAAAGAGGUAAGUGACCAUAACGGAAGUAACACUAGCACAAAAGCAGGCCAACACCAGGCUUGAAUCCUGCUCUUACCCAGGUUAAAGUACAAGCAGUGAAAAUCUUAGAGGCGCUCGUUGGUUAUUGCCUAAUAAUAAAAAAAAUUGUUAAAAUUCUCGGACGAGACGUGUACUUUGCCCUGUAGGCGUUGUAACCUAGUGUCAGUGGGCGCCUAGACGCGCGAGCCAUUUCUCCUUUUCUCUUUAUCCUUCCACGAAGGGGAAUCUGUUCGCAGGCAACGCAAGUGAUUUUCUUAAUUCAUUAUUAUUUUAUCUGAAUCCUCAGCGUGUUGUACCUCGUGUAACAAAUGUUGCUGUAUCUGCCUGUCACGUGUCCCUGUGGCAUCUCUGGUCGCUUCUUUUAUCCUGGCCAUUGGUUUUACUGGGUUUGCUGUGGGACUCAGCGAAGGCGUCAACAAUCUUAACAAAUGGCUUAAAAUGGAUAUUGUGUAAGUAAGAAUAGUUAGAUGAAGCAUUUUCAUAAGAGUAACUCACAUACUUAGCUGUUCAAUGUAUAUGAAACGACCAUGGGAACGCUCGCCAUUUCCCGCGCAACAUUUCAAAGUAAAACAAAAGAAACAACCGCUGUCUCGAAAAAUAAAUGAAAGAAACUUGAUUUGUUUGUAAUUAGUCUGAGACAACUUGGUUCUGGCCGUCUGAAAGCACGUUACUUAGCCAUUACAACGUCGUACAUGCGCAGAUAUUUGACUACUGUGUUGAUAAAGCUUCUCUUAAAAGGAGAAAUAACAGACGUAACAAUAUUUAAGUCUGUCUAAGUGUCCUUAUCAAAAGCAAAAUGCACAAUAACUGACCUUUCAUCUUAAAUCUUAGCACUAAGUAACACUUCCUUUAAUUUCGUGAGUCAAGAGAAACAAAGAUCCUUACGAAUUUGAAAAUGUCAAGGAUAAAACAGCAGACGAAACCACGAAGGAAACGGAACUAAGGAAGCAUAUGCAAAGCGCAUCUCUCAAGGAUCCCCUUUUAGAGGAGUACACUUCAAGCUAGUAUUAAACGAAUUUCCUUUGGUCUUUAAUUUUUCAGCGAACUGGCUUCAUUGGGAAUUAUGGCGUUUGGAAUAUUUCUGGGUUCUUUAUCAGGGAUGGCGCUGCUUCAUGGAUUUGCUGCCACGGGACGGACGAGAUUUACCUGCUGUGGCGGUUGGAAAAGACGCUUUGUAGCUCGGUGUUGUAUUGGAUUUGUGAGUAUAGGAUAAAUAAUCUGGGAAUUCAAACACAAAAGGGUAAAAAUUACAAAAAAGAAACAAGAGAUUGGAAAUAGAUGAUUUUGUCGUUUCCAUUUGUAGAAGAAACACAUGUAGAGUCAACAGUGCAAACACGCAUGAACAUUCCCGCCUCGGUUCCAGUCCCCGGUCAAGGCCGGGUGGAUAACCCUAUGUACUGGAUAAAUCUCUUCUCAGUGGGUAGUACAGUACGCUGUGUCAAAACUUAUCCGCGGGAUACUGGAAUCAGGUCUUUUGCCUUCCUAUUUCUUUAGGGGCAUAACGAACGAAUCAUAUAACCGACAAAACAUUAUUUGCCUUUUUUUUCUGUAGUUAUUUGGUUGGCACUACUUCAUGUUUUUCCUGUGGAUGUUCAUAGCUCCUCUGCUAAUCAUCCCAGUCAUCUUUAUGGGAAUCUUCUUUGGUGUUUGUCAAGUAAAGGUUGUGAAGCAACUUGGGAAGACGUGUAUAAAAUUCAGUGAUUAUGGUUAGUGACCAGCUACUUAAACUUUAGAAUAGGUGUCUUUUUCAGGGGGGGAGGGAGCUUACUUCAGUUUAUUCCUAUCCUUUUGGAGGAAUGGUAAUGUUGUUUUAUUAUCGUGAAUUUUUAGUGUCUUGAGGACCAGAUGGGUCAUUUAGAUUGUAGGGCCACAAGCCUCCUCCUCCCCCCCCUCCUUCCAACUGCUCAGAGGACACUGAUGGACAUUGAAGUUCAGGAUUUUCAAUGGAAUACGCACGUAGCUCUCGACAUUGUGGUCCUGCCUUCUUUCCAAAAUUUCCAAAAUUGGGAAUACCUGCAGAAUUUCCUUCCAAUAUUAUAUAAACUGUUCAAUGUAGAGUGGUCAGGGUCUUCCACAAAGUCAGGGUUGUUAAGUGCAUCAGGGCAUAGAGUAGUAUGGAUAAUGCGCUUUAUAAAAAUGCUUUAUUAUCGAUGUACACUAACGAGUUUACCGUGACAGGACGGCCGCGUACUGUUCGUAAAUUUAACUGAAACUCAAGAGUGUAAUAAAUGAAAGUAGUGUAAAAAUUAAGAAGGGGCUGAUCAUAGUACCUGAUCAUAAAGACGCUGGCUUACAAUUUUCUCUGUAUUGUUUAUAACAGGUUUGGAUGACCUUGUUAGUACAGAGGAAGUGUGCGGUGAUGAAUUGCUUGUUUUCUGCGAAGCGGUAAGUUCUUUUCUUUUAUGUAAUCAAGUUCUUCGCUUGUUGUUUACUUGUUUUCUCGUUUGUUUACUCUCAGAUGACGGGUGCCACACCUUUUUUCGCUGCUGCAUUUGUUGGAGGCCUCUUUAUAGUUGUUGGCGUGGUAAGUGAAUGAGCACCCUUUCUUGAACCCUUGAAUUCCUAGAAGUGACUAACAUGUAACUUCUCCCUACAAUAUCCAUACAUUGUUCAGCAAACAGGUAAUGAGAAUACUCAAACUUAUCGUGUAGAGGUUCGUCUUGUCACCAGCGUGGGACAAAGAGAAAUCGAUCGAAGUCCCCAUAGUUCUGAGCCUUAGAGAACUCUAUUGUGAGCUAGGCCACUUUUAGGUUCAGAUGUGAUAUUCGCCUUUCGUCCCGCCAUGACCAGUUAUAGGAAGCGUCGCGUGAGACAUUGUAAGAACUAUGGUAGACUUUGAGCUCGGCAAUAAAAAGCGACGUUGUUUUUCUUGUCAUGUGACAUGCGUGGGACAUUGAAAAAAAUAUAAAAAGGAUAUGUGAAAGGUAACUUUGUAGGAUGUAGUUGUGGUGACAAAAUUGAGACAUGUUACAGGAGUGAAGUUGGUUUAUGAAAGCCACAUGACGUGCACUUCGUGCGUUUCUUACAUGUUAAACUCCUUCCACUGGCGUGCGUCUCUCACGAGUUUUGUCUUUAUUAUAGUUCCACAUGAUGUUCGUACUAACAGCAAACUACGCACACGUACAUGACCACAGAAGGAGGCCCAAAGCCUCAGAAUACUCUACCUGUCGGACAUGUUGCACUGUGAAGGACCCGGACCGUUAUGAGCAGUGCUUCCCUGAGCCCCCGGUAGAAGAGGUACAGCUAGCCUUGGAAGAGAAAUUGAAGCUGAACGCAGGGGACCCUGAAGGGGGUGCACAUCCCCACAACCACCCCCACUGGGAAUAUGUGUACGACUAUGAGAAGACUCCAGCGAUACUUGGCAAAAAGUAUUAACUGUUUUCAGGCGGCUUUGUCGUGACUUUCUAGUGCGAGAGAAGACAAGAAAGGAACUCGGUAACAUCGGCAUUUGAAACACCGCGAAUAGAUUUUGGACAAGAUGCGUAUAGUAAGGGCAGCUUCACGCAUCGACGUCAUCUUUAUUAACACCAGUUACAACAAUGGCCAUUUUGACGAAUUGAAUCAAAAACAAUUACAAGCUUUUUCUAGGCACAUCUCUGCUUUCCGCUCCAUUUUAUUUUAACUAAGGCGAGGAACUCAGACAACCAGUAUUUCAUUUUGAUUUUGAGCAACGUUUGUGAUGCUUUAUUUAUUUGCGAC